AUGUCAUUCCAAGAAAUGCCUUUUUGGUACUUGGUGGGUGGUGCAGUGUGCCAUUGGAACGGUGGACCAAAAUACUUGGUGGGAAAGGGUAAUAAAGGGGAGGGACGAAUCAAAGCGACAAGGGCUGAAUCUCAGUGGAUCGUGGCAGCAAGGCCACUCUGCCACUUACAAUACCCCGUCGCGUAUUUAAGUCGUCUGCAAAGGAUUCUACCCGCCGUCCAAUGGAAAUUGCGCUUCAAGGCGUCCCGCAAGGCUGAUCCGCCUCACGAGGGUCACCCACGGCACGUGCCUCCGGGGGCCGAGGCCCCCUACCGCUGGUCGGCAAGCGAACGACGGGCGCACGCUGUCGCUUCUAGCCCGGAUUCCGACUUAGAGGCGUUCGAGUCAUAA